AUGGCCGCCGCCCGGCCGGGGCCCGGGGGAACUGAGGUCCGGCUGCCGCGCGGGGCGGAGUUCCCGGGCCGGACCCUGUGCGUCGACGCACAAGGUUCGAGCCGAGGCCGUUUCCGCUUCCGGCCGAAGUUGCGAGAAGAUGGCGGCGGCCGUAACAACGCGGGCCGUGAGGGUCUCCUUCGGGCGGCUGCUGUGCGCGUGCAGCCGCAGCGUCCUGAGAGGGUCAGGGCCCGGAGCAGAUACGUUCCUAAAACAUCGCUGAGUUCACCACCUUGGCCAGAAGUUGUCCUGCCAGACCCCGCUGCAGAGACCAGACGCCAUGCAGAGGUCGUGGGGAAGGUGAACGAGCUGAUUGCCACGGGCCAGUACGGCCGGCUCUUUGCUGUGGUCCACUUCGCAAGCCAGCAGUGGAAAGUGACUUCUGAGGACCUGAUUUUAAUCAACAACAAAUUAGACGUAGCGUGUGGAGAGAGAAUACGGCUGGAGAAGGUCCUGCUGGUUGGAGCUGACAACUUCACGUUACUCGGCAAGCCGCUCCUCGGAAAGGAUCUCGUUCGUGUAGAGGCCACAGUCAUUGAAAAGACAGAAUCGUGGCCAAAAAUCAAUAUGAAAUUUAAGAAAAGGAAAAACUACAAGAGGAAAAAAGUGAUCGUGAACCCGCAGACUGUCCUCCGGAUAAACACCAUCGAGAUCGCUCCACGUUUGUGCUGACCGUGAAGGCCAUGUUUACAGAAUAUAAAAAUAAACGCCUGUCUUCUGGA